AUGAACUACUGACUUUGCGUGACUGCCAAAACUAAAAGUUCGCUAAACACUGCCCACUUCGAUUCUGUAGCUCUCGCCGGAAAUGAAAUCAUACUCUCAAUUUGUGUCUUCUUCUCAAUACCCACUUCAGUUUUGCUCACCUAGAACCACAUUAAACUCGUAUAUACCCUUUGUUUCUUCAGUGUCUAGCAGUAGUCUAACAAAGGGCAGGGUUGAGGGUUUAUGCAUCACUAGAGCCAUGACCGGUUCAUCAAACGAAACUAACAAUAAAGAGACCAAGUUAUGGGGUGGAAGGUUUGAGAAGAGUGUUACUGAUAUUGUUGAGAAAUUUACUGAGUCUAUUUCCUUUGAUAAGCACCUUUAUAAGCAUGAUAUUAUGGGUAGCAAGGCUCACGCUUCAAUGCUCUGCCAACAGGGAUUGAUGAGUGCCAGUGAUAAGGAUAGCAUUUUACAAGGUCUCGACGAGAUCCAAAAAUGCAUUGAAGCGGGUGAGUUUGUGUGGAGGACAGAUAGGGAGGAUGUUCACAUGAAUAUUGAGGCUGCACUUACUGAUAUGAUUGGCGAGCCAGCAAAAAAACUGCAUACUGCUCGGAGCAGAAAUGAUCAGGUCUUGACUGAUUUUCGCCUAUGGUGUCGCGAUGCUAUUGAUAGAAUCAUUGUAUCCAUCAAACAUCUACAAGUUGCGUUGGUGACUUUGGCUUUGGAUAAUGAGGGGUUAAUAGUUCCUGGCUAUACGCAUUUGCAAAGAGCACAGCCGGUUUUAUUGUCACAUCUUCUGUUGGCUUAUGUUGAGCAGCUUGAACGUGAUGCCAGCCGUUUACACGAUUGUAGAGUAAGGCUGAAUUUCUGCCCCUUGGGUGCAUGUGCAUUGGCAGGCACUGGUCUACCUAUUGAUAGGUUUAUGACUUCCGAUGCUCUGGGAUUCACUGCUCCAAUGAGGAACAGUAUUGAUGCAGUAUCAGACCGUGAUUUCGUCUUGGAGUUUCUUUCUGCUAACUCCAUCACAGCCGUUCAUCUUUCUCGGUUGGGUGAAGAAUGGGUAUUGUGGGCUUCAGAGGAGUUUGGAUUUAUCACUCCUAGUGAUUCUGUUUCCACCGGAAGUAGCAUUAUGCCUCAGAAGAAAAAUCCUGAUCCUAUGGAACUUGUUCGAGGAAAAUCUGCUAGAGUCAUUGGAGACUUGGUUACACUUCUCACACUAUGCAAAGGACUUCCGCUUGCUUAUAAUCGCGAUUUGCAGGAAGAUAAGGAACCUGUGUUUGACAGCGUGAAGACUAUAAUAGGGAUGCUUGAAGUUUCAGCUGAGUUUGCACAGAACAUCACCUUUAAUACUGUAAAAAUUCAAAAGGCGCUGCCAGCUGGCUUUCUCGACGCCACGACACUUGCUGAUUAUCUUGUUAAAAAGGGAAUGCCUUUCAGGACUUCGCACGAUGUCGUGGGAAGAUCCGUCGCCUUGUGUCUUUCAAAAAGCUGUCAGCUUCAGGAUCUAAGUCUUGACGAAAUGAGAAGUUUAAGUCCUGUUUUCGAGGACGAUGUAUAUGAAUAUCUUGGAGUUGAAAAUGCUGUUAAGAAAUUUGGUUCGUACGGUUCCACUGGGUCGGCUUGUGUUGCCGAUCAACUCGACUAUUGGGUCACGAAACUUGAAAUUAGCAGAAGCAGAACCCACUAGCAAACAGUGUUGGAGAAUACAAAUGGAGUUAUUAUCAAGACUUGAAGAUCCCAUCUGAGGACUUGGAAGGCUGUGUCAUUUUAGACUCAGCAACUGGUUGAUGCAGAGUUUUAAUAAACACUUAAGAUGAGAGCAUCACCAACAAGAGGCUGGUACAAUUUUCAGAAAUUAAGUGAUUAUGCAGUUCUGAACAUCAAUUUUGUGUUGCAGUAGAAGCAUUUAACAUCUGGUGACAUUUAUGUAUUUUUCCAUCUAUUUUAUAUUUAUCUGUCUCGCUGACUGCCCAAUAUAAUCAUUUGUUGUUGAA